CCACUAUUGGGCCCGGCUCAUGUGGCAGGGCAAAGGCCAACAAGGUUGGCGGUGGUAAUUGAGAAAAUGAAAAAAAAAAACAAUAAUGGUAAGAUGCAGGUGGCAAAUGCAGUUGGAUGGUACAUGGAUUAGCUCCCCAACCACUCCAAUUAAAUAUGUCCCCUCCAUUUUGUGCUAUAAAAGGGAUGCCUAGUUCUCUUCUGAAACCAUCCCAUAUUUUCCCAUCAUCAUCAUUCUUCUGUGCUAGCUUUCGGUUCUAUUUCUUUCUUGUGGUUUCGGUUGUGAAACGUUUUCACAAUCACGGGUAGAUAGGAGAUUUCCUUGUGAGUGAAAUAGUGAGGUUGUUUGGGAAACACCGUGUGUUCUAUUUCUUGUAUCGAGAAAAUCUCUGUAACCUACCAUUGUUAUAGUAAAGAAAUACUCCGGAGCUGCUGUUCCCGUGGACUGGCCCAAAAUCAGGGUAUACCACGUAAAUCCUCGGUGUCAUUUAUUAUUAUCUAUGCUUGUUGUUAUUUUGAGAAUAGUCGUAGUAUAUUGCAUUAUUAAAUUAUCGAAGUAAAUUGAUCUAAGUAAGUUUGUUACAGUAAUUCUGGAGGCUCUGCCACCAGGUCCAACUUAUUUGUGAACUUUUUACAAGCGUGUGAUUUCUUAGUGCAAUAUAUUUACCCGCUAUUCUCACCCGCUGCGCCCAACAUCCACGACGUUAUCGAUCCCCAUAACCCCGUCGCUCACCUUCUCUCCGUUUGCCCCAAUUUUGACCCUACGACGACCGAAUGGCGGCCAGGCAAGUUGUCGACCCUCUCCUGAGCUUGCCGUAGCGGCUGGCGAAGUUGGUUCCCGUAGCGAGCGGCCACCAUCAAUUCUACCCUUCUUUCAAUCCGGUCCCUUCCCCAUUCUCCACAGCCUGAUCCAUCGGCGACUAAGAAAGUGACCACCUUCGUAGCGGUGAGCCAUGCUUCUAGAUCCGAGAGAGGGGGAGCUCCAAUCACCCAUCUUGUGGCGGUUUGCGAAGCCAGCUCCAUCGGUCGGCCGGCCGUCUUCCACCGCGAGCCCUUCCAAUUCCUUCGGCGACUCCCCAUCAAGAGAUGCAAAGAAGAACAGAGGAAAUCGCCUCCAAGCUUCCAACCGAAGGUCCAGGGUCAGGGACAGACCUCGAAGAUUUGGACGAGUUGCAUGUUCUGGUCAGUCACUUGAAUUGGCACGGUACUGAAUUUCUAAAGGCGUCUUUCCUCCGGUUUGUUAUGCUGGAUGUCCAGGGAAUGGAAGGUGAAGAAAAGGAAAGGAAAAUGACAUGCUGGACUAGAAGGCACUGUUGGAAGUAA